AUGACAAGAACAUUUGAUUCUACACCUGCAGAGAAUGUAGUCCGCGAAGUUGCAGAUAUUUUAGGUGCCGAGGAAAAGCUCAUCAAUCAAAUGUGUGAAAAUAUGGAAAAAGAACUCAUCUUGCAAGAGUGGCAACUUUCAGCACUGGAAGCAUCCGAAUGGAGACUAUUAGGAGCGCCCAUUGGAGUCGCUGCUGCGAUACGAAAGCUCGCAUCUGAGGAUGCUCAAAGAGGAUCCAAUUUCGAAUCCUUUAGAAAGAAUGAAGCCCCCGCUUCCAUGUUCUCGACUCGGUCCACCUUCGCCAAGAGUCUGACACAGGCGGUCAGAGCAGGUAACGAAGCUGAGUCACCUGCAUCCGAGCAUUUGACGUCCAUUCGGGGCGCAAAUGAACAAAGUACUAGGGAUCAUCAAACCAUUGAAGAAGCGGCGGAAAUUGAAGAGUCUGAUAGAGGUGUGUUUGGAAAAUCAACUCCCACAUUAUUUCAAAUGCUCUACAGUUCCGGUUGUGACGUGUUUCGAGCACUAUAUUCGAAACCAUUUCCCAUGUCAUCAACUUUCGACCGGGCCCUCUUGCACAGUAAAUCAGGGGCUGAUUUGAAGGCCCAUACGGUGUUCAAAUUGGAAAUUGGCGUGGUUGCAGCCGCGUUGCUUCUCGGCGCAUCCAUCGAGAUGUGGGGUUUGUUUCCAGCAGAUGCCGUCGAUUGGCAAGCAACCGCUCCUGCUGAUGGUGGUGAGCCAGUUGUACCUUAUGUCAUUGCUUUGAUAUACAAUUCGAUUAGUGGGCUAGUCAUAUUUACUGAGCUCCUAAGCGUAUUCAUGAAUGUUGGACAGCUGAUGGUGACGACCGCCGUGGCCGAAACUAAGUUCCCUCAGUUUUUCCAGCAACUUUCAGCGACAUCAGGUUAUACUAAUGGGCUGUUUCAACUAGGAUUGAAUGGGUUCAUCAUCAAUAUUGUGAUCCUAAUGGUGGCUCAAACAGCGGCUGUCACAUCAAAUCGAACAAUCAUGCUGAUCUGUGGGUGGAUCGUUCCAGCAGUGAUUAUCAUUCCAUGCGGUUUAGCUUUCCAUGUCAUCUUGUCGUUUGUUGGGCGAUCUGCGUUCAACGGAUACUUGCUAGUAAAGGACGAGGUACCGAAAAAUGGUCCAGAUCUUGAUAAGAGCAUUGACGCAAUCAAAAUAGAACAGGUUCUAUGCCGAAACUAUUUCGAGAAUGUUAGCACAAACGACGAAGAAGUAUUGAACAGGAGCGAACAAUUGAAGCAGCAGCAUUUUCUUAGAAAGCGCACUAUGAACGAAGAAAGCAGGACGAUACGAAACAGCAGAAUGAUAGUACCUCUGGCAAAGAAGCACAAUGUGGGGGCAGACUACUUCCCAAAAUUUCAAGAACCGCAAAAUCAAUGA